UCUUGGGUGUUGUCCGGCUUGACGAGUGUGACAACGCUGAACGUAAUGAUCAAACAAUCUAAUUUGAUUCUUUGACUCAAGAAGUAUUUUAUUUUCCACGAUCAGAUCAAUUCAAAUAUGAAAUUAUGAUGAGCUGCUCAGUAUUACAUUAUUUUUUGUUGUUCUUCUGCAUCACCACAUACAUAAAAGCAGAUUCAGCAAGAUAUUACUACGACUACGAAUGUAACGAGCCUCUUGUAGAAGGUGCUAAACUUAGUGCUACUUCAAGUUUAAGGGAGAGAGGGCCGGAGAAUGCUAAGUUGUAUGGUUUGAACGCGUGGACGGCAUCAGAGAAUGAUUUCGAUCAGCGACUUGUCAUUGAUUUGGGAUCUGUGAAGAAUAUAACAAGGGUUGCAACUCAGGGAAGAGCCCAUUCCAGAGAAUUUGUUCAAGAAUACCACAUCAGUUAUGGGUCGAAUGGACUCGAUUAUGUACGAUACAAAGCCCCUGGUGGUGAAGUUAAGAUGUUUGAAGGCAACCACGAUGGGAACACGGUGGUGAAGAAUGAGUUCGAAGUUCCGAUCAUUGCUCAGUACAUCCGCAUCAACCCGAUGAGAUGGCGGGACAAGAUAUCGAUGAGGGUCGAAGUGUACGGUUGCGAUUAUGUUGCCGAUACACUGUACUUCAACGGAUCGUCAUUAGUGAAGGUGGAUUUACUCCGGGACCCGAUAUCGGCGUCUCGCGAGGCGAUCCGGUUCCGGUUCAAAACGACUGUCGCGUCCGGAGCGUUGAUGUACUCGCGCGGGACCCAAGGGGACUACAUCGCGCUACAGCUCAGGGACAAUCGUCUCGUACUUAACAUUGACCUUGGAUCCGGCACGUUAACGUCGCUGUCGGUGGGCAGUCUGCUGGACGACAACAUCUGGCACGACGUGGUCAUAUCGCGGAAGAGACGAGACAUCGUGUUCUCAGUGGAUCGCGUCGUGGUCCAGGGACAGAUCAAAGGGGAAUUCUCCAGGCUGAAUCUGAAUAGAGCUUUGUAUAUCGGAGGAGUCCCUAAUUUCCAAGAGGGGAUGGUCGUGACGCAGAAUUUCACGGGAUGCGUCGAGAACAUGUAUCUGAACAACACUAAUGUUAUCCAAGAUCUCAAGCAAGGUUAUGAAACUGGUGAAGCGUUUAAGUUCCAGAAAGUGAAUACGUUAUACAGCUGCCCGGAGCCGCCCGUGGUGCCCAUCACGUUCCUCAAGGAGGGCUCGUACGCCAAGCUGCGCGGGUACUCCGGCGGAAACACUCUCAACGUCUCGCUGGAGUUCCGCACCUACGAGCACCACGGCCUUCUCAUCUACCACAAGUUCAAAACAGACGGAUAUGUCAAGGUAUUCCUAGAGGAGGGUAAGGUGAAGGUGGAAUUAUUCACGAAAGGCUCGACGAAGGUGAAGCUAGACAACUACGCCGAGGAGUUCAAUGACGGUCGCUGGCACUCGCUGAUGCUGACCAUGGCGCCCGAUAGCCUCGUGUUGGCAGUAGACUUCCGGCCCCUCAAAACCACCAAGCUGCUCAAGUUUAUCACCGGAAGCACUUACUAUAUCGCAGGUGGCAAGGCUCCUACGCGAGGAUUCGUCGGCUGCAUGCGUAAGAUCGCGAUGGACGGCAACUACCGGCUGCCGACCGACUGGAAGAAGGAGGAGUACUGCUGUCCCAACGAGCUAGUGUUCGACGCCUGCCACAUGAUUGACAGGUGCAACCCCAACCCGUGCGAGCACGGCGGCGUGUGCACGCAGAGCGCCGACGAGUUCACGUGCGACUGCGCCGACACCGGUUACGCGGGCGCCGUAUGCCACUCGCCCGUGCACCCGGUGUCGUGCGGCGCGUACCAGCGCGCGGGCGCGGGCGCGGGCGCGGCGGGGCGCGCCGUGCUGCUGGACGUGGACGGCUCGGGCCCGCUGCCGCCCUUCCCCGCCACCUGCCACUUCUACUCCGACCGCAUCGUGACGGCGGUGCACCACUCGUCGACGCAGAGCACGCAGAUCGACGGCUACCAGGAGGCGGGCAGCUUCCGCCAGGACAUCACGUACGACGCGUCGCGCGCGCAGCUGGAGGCGCUGCUCAACCGCAGCCUCUCGUGCAGCCAGCGCCUCGAGUACUUCUGCAAGCACUCGCGCCUGCUCAACUCGCCCAGCACGGAGGCCGACUUCCACCCGUUCGCGUGGUGGGUGUCGCGCAGCGGGCAGCGCAUGGACUACUGGGCGGGCGCGCAGGCCGGCAGCCGCAUGUGCCAGUGCGGCGUGCUGGGCACGUGCGUGGACCCCACCAAGUGGUGCAACUGCGACGCCGAGCACGGCCCGCUCGCCCGCGACGAGUUCCAAGUGGACGGGGGCGACAUAACGGACAAGGAAUUCUUGCCGGUGAAGCAGCUACGGUUCGGCGACACGGGCAGCCAUCUCGACGAGAAGGAGGGCCGGUACACGCUCGGGCCGCUGCUCUGCGAGGGCGACGAUCUCUUCAGCAACGCGAUAACAUUCCGCAUAUCCGACUCUGUGAUCUUGUUGCCAACAUUCGACCUCGGGCACAGUGGUGAUAUUUACUUCGAGUUCCGCACUACACAAGAAAAUGCUGUUCUUUUACAUUCUAAGGGUCCACAAGAUUACAUCAAGCUCUCGAUCAUCGGCGGCGAUCAGCUGCAAUUCCAGUUCCAGGUCGGAGAUACUCCGCUGGGAGUCUCCGUGGACACCAGCAAACGUCUCUCCGAUAACAACUGGCACUCGGUCUCCAUCGAAAGGAAUAGGAAGGAGGCGCGCGUGGUGGUGGACGGCGCGCUGAAGAACGAGAUCCGCACGGCCAAGGAGCCCGUGCGCGCGCUGCAGCUCAGCACGGCGCUGGCGCUGGGCGCCGCGCUCGACCGCAAGGACGGCUUCGUGGGCUGCGUGCGCGCGCUGCUGCUCAACGGCCGCGCCGUGGACCUGCGCCGCCACGCCCGCCGCGGCGUGUACGGCGUGUCGGUGGGCUGCGUGGGCAAGUGCGAGUCGUCGCCGUGCCUCAACAACGGCACGUGUCUGGAGCGCUACGACUCCUACUCGUGCGACUGUCGCUGGACCGCCUUCAAGGGACCCAUAUGUGCUGACGAAAUUGGUGUCAACCUCCGUCCAAAUUCUAUGGUGAAGUACGACUUCCUUGGCUCUUGGAGAUCCACCAUUAAUGAGAAAAUCCGCGUUGGUUUUACGACCACAAACCCUAAGGGUUUCCUGCUGGGAUUCUAUUCUAACAUCUCAGGGGAGUACCUAACUCUCAUGGUAUCUAACUCUGGUCACCUUCGGGUCGUCUUCGAUUUCGGUUUCGAGAGACAGGAGAUAAUUUUCCAAGGAAAGCAUUUCGGUCUCGGACAGUACCACGACGUGCGACUCUCGCGGAAGGAUAGCGGAGCCACUAUGGUGUUGCAGGUGGACAACUACGAGACGCAGGAGUACCACUUCAACAUCCGCGAGUCGGCCGACGCGCAGUUCAACAACAUCCAGUACAUGUACAUGGGCCGCAACGAGACCAUGAGCGAGGGCUUCGUGGGCUGCGUGAGUCGCGUGGAGUUCGACGACAUCUACCCGCUCAAGCUGCUGUUCCAGCAGGACCCGCCGCCCAACGUGCGCACCAUCGGAGGUGUGUUGCACGAGGACUUCUGUGGAGUGGAGCCCGUGACGCACCCUCCCGAACGUGCGGAGACACGCCCGCCUCCUCCCGCAGACCUCGCCUCCGAUCUCGACUACCAUCGCACCGACGAGGCCAUACUCGGCACGGUACUCGCGUUUAUUUUCCUGUUGCUGAUCGUAGUGGCGAUAGUGCUCGUGCGAGCUCUCUCCCGACAUAAGGGAGAAUAUCUCACGCAGGAGGAGCGCGGCGCGGACGGCGCGGCGGACCCCGACGCGGCCGCGCUGGCCGCCGCCACGGGCCCGCGCGUCACCAAGCGCCGCGAGUUCUUCAUCUAGCGCGCGCGCCGCCCCGCGCCCCGCACGCCCCGCGCCCCGCGCCCCGCCCGCCGCCCGCCGCCGCCCGUGCGCUUGUUUAUACUUCUUAUUCGAUAUUUUACAGCGACGUAAGUCACACACUAUACAGUUCCUUCGCACGACUCCAUUUAAACUGAAGCUCGGUAGCUUAUGAAAUUAUUUUGUCUUACCGGGGGACUACACGUAUGAAUCGGAUUCUAUUGUGAGUUCGAUGACUUACUUUUGGCAUGAACACCGUGUUCGCAAGAUAACAUAAUUAAAUAUAUGAGUAUCUGGUUUAUUGCCUUCGCCUAUAUAUAUUUAAGAUUAAUUCAUUUAUAUGAAAAUUGAUACACAGCUUAAUGUCAAUAAAUAUAUAUGUAUUAUACUUUAAAUUGUAAUACAUUAAGUAAAAAAUCCACACACUUUUAUACUUAAUUUACACUUACUAAUCGCUACUAAGACAAUCUUAUAAGACAAACUUAUAUAUACUAAGAAAAUAAUAGGUUUAUUGUAUUCUUCAAUCGAAUAUAGCUCUUAAAGUCUCUCCCAAAAGGUGCCAUUUGGCUACUUUUAUAAAUCUUUAACCUGAAUCUUUUAUAAAUCUCAUCUUAAUUAUUCGAUAUUCUCUCGCUAUUAUAAACUUUCAAUCUUUCCAAUAUAAUUCACUUUCAUUUGACCGAACUGAAAUUGACAAGUUAGGUAUAAGUAAACUACACGCACUUCUAAAGCACAUUAAGAUUGGCGUUAAAAUUAUAUUUUUAAUAAUAGUGCGGAUUUCCAUAUUUUUUAUUUCGAAAUAUAUAUUUAUAAAAUAUAAAUAUUAUACUUUAACAUUAAUUUUAUUUUCUCGAUUACAGUGUAUUUUUAUUAUAAAGAUUUUUCAGUAAAGUAUUCCAUUGACUGAUUUUUAUGUACUUUUUAUUUAAGUCGGAUUAUUUUUUAAUUCAUAUAUCCUUGUGUAUAAAAGCUUAACAUCGCGUAUGAGUAUAUAAAGGAUUCGCCUUAUAUUUACGUUUUACGCGCAUUAUAUAUUAUAUAAAACAAUACGAUACGCAAUGUUAGUUGCGUAUAUAAUAAGCUUGAGAAACCUUUUUGCAAUAAGGCUUUAAUAAAAGUUACAAAAUUAUGACUUUUGGA